AUGGCAGCUGCGAGCGUGACUCCCCCUGGCUCCCUAGACCUGCUGCAGCCCGGCUUCUCCAGGACACUGUUAGGCACAAAGCUGGAAGACAAGUACCUGUGCUCAGCCUGCGGGAACGUGCUGCGUCGCCCUGUGCAGGCCCAGUGUGGCCACCGCUACUGCUCCUACUGCUUGGCUAGCAUCCUGAGCUCUGGGCCCCAGAACUGUGCCGCCUGCGUGCAGGAGGGCAUAUAUGAAGAAGGCGUUUCCAUCCUAGACAGCGGCUCGGCUUUCCCAGACAACGCUGCCCGCAGGGAGGUAGAGGGCCUGCCAGCAGUCUGUCCGCACAGCGGGUGCACCUGGACAGGGACGGUCAAGGAGUAUGAGAGUGGCCAUGAGGGUCACUGUCCGUUCAUGCUGACCGAGUGCGCUGCCUGCAAGGCCACUGUGCGCCUGGGUGAGAAGGAGCGUCACGCGGAACUCGAGUGCCCCGAGCGCAGGCUUAGCUGCCCGCACUGCCAGGCCCCCUGCUGUGGAGCCAACCUGCAGGUGCACUGUGACAUCUGCCCCCAGUUCCCCCUGACGUGCGAAGGCUGUGGGGAGAAGAUUCUACGAGAGGACUUCCAGGAGCACGUCAGGAUGUGUGGCAAGUGUCGAGUGCCCUGUCGCUUUCAGGCUCUCGGCUGCUCUGAAGUGGUGGAGAGUGAGCGGCAGCAGGAACACGAGGCCCAGCGGCUCCGGGAGCAUCUGGGCCUGCUGCUGGACCGCGUCCUGGAGGCCAGUCAUCUCCCUGGCGAUGGGACCUGGGGGCUGCGGCUUGAGCUGCCCGGGCUCCUGGAGAGGUGCAACGCCCUGGAGACGAAGACAGUCACGUUUGAGAACAUCGUCUGUGUCCUGAACCGGGAAGUGGAGCGCGUGGCCAUGACGGCAGAGGCCUGCAGCCGGCAGCACCGGCUGGACCAGGAGAAAAUCGAGGCACUCAGCAACAAGGUGCAGCAGCUGGAGCGGAGCAUUGGUCUGAAGGACCUGGCAAUGGCUGACUUGGAGCAGAAAAUCCAGGAUAUGGAGGCGUCCACUUAUGACGGCGUCUUUGUCUGGAAGAUCACCGACUUCGCCAGGAAGCGCCAGGAAGCCGUGGCUGGCCGCGCCCCUGCCAUCUUCUCCCCAGCCUUUUACACGAGCAGGUACGGCUACAAGAUGUGUCUGCGUGUCUACCUGAACGGCGACGGCACCGGGCGGGGCACCCACCUGUCUCUCUUCUUCGUGGUGAUGCGAGGCCCCCACGACGCCCUGCUGCGGUGGCCCUUCAACCAGAAGGUGACGCUUAUGCUGCUGGACCAGAACAACCGCGAGCACGUGAUUGACGCCUUCAGGCCAGACGUGACCUCCUCCUCUUUCCAGCGGCCCGUCAGCGACAUGAACAUCGCCAGCGGCUGCCCCCUCUUCUGUCCUGUCUCCAAGAUGGAGGCCAAGAACUCGUAUGUGCGCAACGAUGCCAUCUUUAUCAAAGCCAUCGUGGACCUGACAGGCCUCUAG